CCGAACCUGAGCCUCGGGUUCCCAGAUUUCCAGGCUCGGGAGCGCCCGAGCCUCCCCCUCGAAAAAGUCCAAAGCUCAACCAUCCGAAUUAGUCCCAACCGAAAAAAGAAAAAGGAAAAAACAGAGAGAGAGAGAGAGAGAGAGAGAAGGGCUCUGUUUCUAGAGAGAGAAAACUAGAGAGAGGGAGAGGAAUCGAGGUUUAAGAGAGGGAAGGUCGGACUCGGGGUUUUGGUCACCGGGGCCAGGCAUGGUGCAGAUCGUGAAGCGGAAGAAGGGGAGGCCCCCGAAGUCGGAUCUGGCGAGGAAGCCUCCCCUCCCGCCGGCGCCAACGCCGGAGCCGGAGCCGGAGCCGGAGCCGGAAUCGAGCGUCCGGCGGAGCCGCCGCCGCCGGAGCGCGAGGUUCGGCCUCAUCGGCUACGACGAUUACGUCCGCGAGGGCGACUUCGUGGCGGACGAGGAGGAGGAGGAGGAGGAGGAGGAGGAUGAGGAGGAGGAAAUGAGGAGGGAGAAGAAGAUGAAGCUCGUGGUGAAGCUGGAGCAGAGCGGGUCGCGGGGGGGCGGCCGCGGGGCGUCGGGAUCCGAGGGCGACGAGAGCGAGGGGGGGAGGGCGGUGGUGAAGAGGAGGAGGAUCGGCGGCGGCGGUGGCGGCGGCGGCGGGGAUCGUGGAGGAUAUGGCGAGGAGGAAAAGCAGGAACGUGAGGAUGUUUCGAGGGUACACGAUGGGUCGUCUCCUCCAGGAUCACCGUCGGCCGCGGCAAGCAUUCCGUUGCCUGAUAAGAAGACGGUUCAGCUGAUUCUUGACAAACUUCAGAAGAAGGACACAUAUGGUGUGUACGCGGAGCCAGUUGAUCCCGAGGAGCUUCCAGAUUAUCAUGAUGUGAUCGAGCACCCGAUGGACUUUUCCACAGUAAGGAAGAAGCUGGCCAAUGGAUCAUACGCAACGUUGGACCAGUUUGAGAGUGACAUUUUCCUCAUCUGCUCAAAUGCAAUGCAAUACAAUGCACCGGACACUAUAUACCAUAAACAGGCACGUGCCAUUGAGGAACUUGGGAGAAAGAAAUUCAGUAAGUUGAAGAUCAAGUUUCAACACUCUGAGAAAGAGCUCAAGUCAGAAAGGGUAGCAAGGAUUCACUUUGAAAGCCAUGAGAAAGACCUUACUUCCGAACAGAAGACAAAAUCCAAUCAUUUUGUCAAGAAGCAAAUCAAGAAACCUGUGUCCCGGUCCUUGCAAGAGCCCAUUGGUUCUGAUUUAUCUGUGGGUGCCACUCUUGCUACUCCUGGAGAUGUCGAGAAUGGUUCUGCUACAAAGAAACUAGGCAUUUCUGAGAGACCCCGUGAUGGACCCGCAGAUGGUAGUACCCUUCUGGCUGAAAAUAUUCUAGAGAAAGCAGAAGAGGUAUUCAUAGGUAAAGGUUCAUCAUCAAAGCUAGGGCGGAAACCAUCUGCACUUGAUGAGAAUCGUCGAGCAACUUAUAGCUUAUCAAAUCAACCAGAGGCAAGAUCAGAGUCAGUAUUCACUACCUUUGAGGGUGAAAUCAGGCAACUAGUAGCUGUUGGACUCCAUGCAGACUAUUCCUAUGCUAGAAGUCUGGCUCGUUUUGCAGCAACACUUGGACCAAUUGCUUGGAAAGUUGCCUCACAGAAGAUUGAGCGAUCAUUACCCACUGGAUGUAAGUUUGGUCGUGGAUGGGUCGGGGAAUACGAGCCACUUGCAACCCCAGUGGUGUUGCCUGGGGACCGUUUCAAUAAAGAUUUGCUGCAUAGUUUUAGUAAUGAGCACGACUUGCCCUCCAAGGCAUCGGUGUCUGUGAAGGAAAACGCUAUCAGUACGUCUGCUUCAGAAGUGAGACAGUCCAGGGUUCGUCAGGGUAAUCUUUCUACCAUGGAGAGUUCGGCUCAGUCCAGUUCUGCUGUCACAACCAAUCAUCAGACACAAGGUCCAGUUUGCAGGAAUCCCAAUGACCCUGAAACUAAGGUCGUUGAACAGUUUGAAUUGAACUCUUUGCCUUCACCACGCCAAAACAAUUAUGCUGCUUAUGCAGCAGAAAUGAAGGUUUCUGAUAAUUCAGAAAUGGCUUCAUCAAGAUUGAGGGAGAUUUCAUCAAGGAACUCAAAUAAUCCCCGACCUGAUUUGUCAGAACCUGCAGCAUCAAGAUCUAGAGAGAUGGUAUCAAGGAGUGUAAAGCACCCGCAGUUAAUGCAUUUUAGACAGUUGGAUGCUAAUGAGUUUGUGGACGGAAGAUUGCCAAAUGGGAAACUUCCAAACAACACUUUAGAUAGUAGCAACAUGACCUCUAUAUCCAAUGGUUUCCCAAACAAAAUGCCCAUGGCAACACCUUUCUCUCCAAGAAAUGAUCAAGGGCUUAGUGAUCCUGUUCAGUUGAUGCGACUAAUGAGUGAAAAGGCUCAAGAAAAACAGAUUUCUCCAAGUGCUUCCAGUGUUAACAGUCCUUCAAUCAGGGCACCUGUUCCUUCAAAGAGAAUGGGCAGUUCAGGCAAUGUCGCUGCAGCUGCAUGGAUGUCCGUAGGGGCUGGAGGCCUUAAACAAACUGUGGAAAGUUCAAACUCACAGAAAAGUCAAGUAACAGCAGAACUAUCAAAUCAGUCCACCCAAGAACUUAAUCCACAGAUGGCACAUGCUCAUAAUGGACUGCCUAAUUCUUUUGGUAUACGGUUUCAAGCGGAUAAAAAUAACAAUCCUCUUCAGUCAUUUGUGUCACCCCCUUUCACCUUAUCCAGCGAGAGACAAUCUCAUAUGCGACCAAUGAUUCCCCCCCAAAUAACGACUGCCGACUUGUCUAGAUUUCAGGGGCAGAUUCCCCCCCAAAUAACAACUGCCGACUUGUCUAGAUUUCAGGGGCAGAUUCCCCCCCAAAUAAUGACUGCUGACUUGUCUAGAUUUCAGGGGCAGAUUCCCCCCCAAAUAACGACUGCCGACUUGUCUAGAUUUCAGGGGCAGUUGCAUUGGCGUGGUAUCACACCACAUACACAGCCGAGGCAGAAACAGGGAACUCUUCCCCCAGAUUUGAAUAUCGGUUUCCAGUCACCAACAUCCCCGGUGAAGCAAUCUUCUAGUGCUGUGAUUGAAUCACAACAGCCAGAUCUAGCCUUGCAACUCUGAAGUAUGUAUUCAUUGCUGAGGAAAUUGACAACAAGAGAACUUCACGAGGUAGUCUUUACUUCCUAACAAAUUUUCAGAUCCAAAAGAUAGCUUCUCUUUGUGGGCCAUUGCGGCAGUAUGUCUAUGUCCUGACCUCAUCUAAACCAUUCAGGUGAUCAGUCCUUGAUGACUGUAAAGUGUCAUCCUGAGUUUUCGAUUGAUUAUUCAGAAGGAAGGUGAAGUUAGUUUGAUUUUGCCGUACCCCUUCUUGAUUCCAAAUGUUCUGGUGCUGGUUGAUGAUAAUUGGACAUAUGCGGUUUCCUUAGGUCAGUAAGAUUGCAAGGCAAAUGUAGACUUUUUGGAAGAUAAUUGGUCUGUCUGAGAGGUUCAAGCUCUCUUACCUGACAAAGAUUACUGAGUUGUGACGACAUCUCAACCGGGGGAGAUAGAGUUCAGUCAAUACAUUACUUAUUCUGCAUUACUAUUUCAAAUAGGAAUUUAGAGACCGCAUAGAAAAAGAAGUGGAUCCCUUGUAAAUGAGAGGCAGAUCAUAAUCACCUGCUUGGAUAGGGACUCUUUUGAUGUCCUGUACCAUGUACUGAUUAAAAGUCGCAGAUUUAACUGCAUUUUUCCUUCCUAAGUGCAGUGUUUCUAAAGAAACUGCGGUUGUUUCAUUUCA